AUUUUCUUGUUUGACCUCUAGGUUUUAUGGGUAUUAUGACUCAUACUGUGGUACUCUAUUGAGUCUUAACAUAGUAAUCAAUGGUUUUGUCCUUUCAUGUACAGAAUAUUGAUACAUACUGUACCAUAGAUCUGGCAGACGACUGCAAUGAAUUUUGUCUGGAACGCGACCACAGAUUAUUUAUAGCAUGCGUCAUUAGAUGAGCACGGGGAAAAGAAGCAACAACAGUUUUUCGCACUCAUACAUUUUUCUCAGCACAUCAAGGUUGUUUAUAUUGUCUGUUUACAUAGUGUAUACUGUUUUUGGAUUAAAAAAAUGUACCUUUGAAGUUACAUGUAGCCAUUGUUAGUUUGUGUUAGCAACGUGGAAGAAAAGAGAUUCGUAGCUUCAAAACGAGAGGCCUGCUAGCUACUGUUUGCUUGUUGCAACAAGAACAAGCUACAAGAAACCCUCACGAGUUGGUCUUGUUUGAGCAGAAACGUUUUCAACAAAUUUCAGUGCUCAAUCAUCAUGGCUGAUGACUUUGACAUAGAAGCAAUGCUUGAGGCUCCAUAUCGAAAGACUUGCCUAACGAUAUCUCACCUCUACUUCCAUGAAUUCCAGUGUGAUCUGUCAAAAAAUGAAGGAUGAGAUCAAGCACAGUAGUCCAAAUGGGCACAAGGAACGCAGCAAGAAGAAAAAAAAGAGCAGGAGCCGAAGCAGAGACGGGAAGAGAAGCAGAAGCCGGGAUCGCAAGAAGAGCCACGACCACAAGCGGAGCCGCAGCCACGAGCGAAAGCGGAGCCGCAGCAGGGAGAGGCACCGGAGCCGCUCUCGGAGCAGAGAGCGCAGCGGCCGUUACAGGGACCACAAGACCACCUUCUCUGGGCCGAAAUUUAACGGUGGUUCCAGAGGGAAGAUUGGCCCCCCACCUGUCAUCAAGCUAAGCCGAAGACGUUCCAGAAGCCGAAGCCCGUUCAAGAAAGAGAAGAGUCCUGUGAGGCAAGUGUUCCUUGGGGAGGUGACGCAAAAGAGCUCAAUCAGGCAGCCAAUAGACAACCUGACUCCAGAGGAAAGGGACGCUCGCACAGUGUUCUGCAUGCAGCUGGCAGCCAGAAUCCGACCACGAGACCUGGAGGAGUUCUUCUCUGCAGUGGGAAAGGUGAGAGAUGUGCGCAUGAUCUCUGACAGAAAUUCGAGGAGGUCGAAGGGGAUUGCUUACAUCGAGUUUGUGGAGGCCAACUCGGUGCCACUGGCUAUAGGAUUGUCUGGCCAGCGACUUCUGGGGGUGCCAAUAAUUGUUCAGGCCUCACAGGUAAUGGCUGAGAAAAACAGGGCUGCUGCCAUGGCCAACAACCUGCAGAAGGGCAACGCUGGCCCGAUGAGACUCUACGUCGGAUCCUUACACUUUAACAUCACAGAGGAGAUGCUACGAGGAAUAUUUGAGCCUUUUGGAAAGAUUGAGAGUAUUCAGCUCAUGAUGGAUAGUGAGACGGGGAGAUCCAAAGGAUAUGGCUUCAUCACUUUCUCGGACACAGAGUGUGCCAAGAAGGCUUUGGAUCAGUUGAACGGCUUUGAGCUGGCUGGCCGGCCGAUGAAGGUGGGCCAUGUGACUGAGCGCACAGACGCCUCCACUGCCAGCUCCUUCCUGGACAGCGACGAGCUGGAGAGGACAGGCAUCGACCUGGGCACCACUGGGCGCCUGCAGCUCAUGGCCAGACUGGCUGAAGGCACGGGACUGCAGAUUCCCCCAGCAGCACAGCAAGCCCUGCAGAUGAGUGGGGCCAUUGCUAUUGGUGCCAUGGCCGCUGUAUCAGCUGCCAUGAAUCCUGCUAUGAACAUGAACAUGAAUACAGCUAUGAACCUACCCUCACAGCCACUUGCUACACACUGUUUCCAGCUGUCUAACAUGUUCAACCCUCAGUCUGAAGAUAACCCAGACUGGGAUGUUGACAUUCAGCAUGAUGUCAUUGAGGAAUGCAACAAACAUGGUGGAGUUGUGCACAUAUACGUUGACAAGAAUUCCACUGAAGGCAACGUGUAUGUGAAAUGUCCAUCCAUUCCUGCUGCCAUGGCUGCAGUAAACGCAUUACAUGGUCGAUAUUUUGCAGGUAAAAUGAUCACAGCGGCAUACGUCCCUCUCCCAACAUAUCACAACCUUUUCCCUGACUCUGUGACGGCAACCCAGCUCCUGAUCCCUCCUGCUCGCCGAUGAUCUCUCACAGCAAGACACGAAAAGCCCAGAUUGGUGGGACACUGUAUAAUAGAUUUUUUUUCCCCUUCAAUUUUCUCUCUUUAAAAUUUAGACAUUUUACAGUCUGUGGUCGGUUUUUCAUUCCUGCAAGUUAUGGCAGUAUGUUUUUCUUUUAUGUUAGUAGAUGAAGUAAAAUCCUUUUUUUCCCCGCAACAUGUUUUUUUUGACUUCCCAUACGUUGGCUUUCCAUACGCAAAAAUAAUCAAAGCUUUACUUGCAUAGCCACGUCCAAACAUGUGUUUGGCAUUGAGGGUGGAGUUUCAGCCAGUCUAAUAAAGGGAUUGUAGUCCCUGAAGAGUUAA